AUGAAGACACUUGCCAGAAAAUUCUGUUGGUGGCCAGAAAUAGACCAGGACAUUGAGAUAAUGGCUAAAAGGUGUCAGGGAUGUCAACAGAAUCAGAACGCACCUAAGAGAGCACCACUGAAUGCAUGGAAAUGGCCAACCAAGGCAUGGGAAAGAGUUCACAUAGAUUUCGCUGGACCUUUCUUGGGAGCCAUGUUCUUGAUAAUGGUGGAUUCUCACUCAAAGUGGCCAGAGGUGGUCAAAAUGACUACUACUACAUCAGCGCACACUAUCUAUGCUCUUAGGACCUUAUUUUCCAGAAAUGGUCUACCUGCUACUAUUGUCAGUGAUAAUGGUCCACAAUUUACUUCAAGGGAAUUCGAAAACUUCUUGAAUGCUAAUGGAGUCAAACACAUCAAAACUACCCCCAUACCACCCAUAUAG